CCCCCGCAUCCCGACUACAACUCGGGCGAAAGGCUCUUGCACGAAAAGCUGGCUGUCCAACUGAACCCGACUAAGCUGCGAGUCGACGAUAUCUCGGGCGGAUGCGGCUCUAUGUAUGCGGUUGAGGUUGAGUCGUCGGCAUUCAAGGGUCUGACCGUCGUCAAACAGCAUCGUUUGGUCACCGAGAUCCUCAAGGACGACAUCAAGGGUAUGCACGGCAUUCGCAUCAAGACCGCUGCCGCCUAA